CAAGAAUCUUCAGUUCACAAGCGCACGUGCACCUUCAAAGAUCUCCUCUCAAGUCAUAGCACAAGUGUAUAUAUAUUCCUACUUUGAAAAUGGCACCCAUUCAGAUGGAAAAGUCCUACGUGAAAGUGUCCUCCACACCCGCUGCAAAGUGCUCUCGGCAGGCAAGGUCAAGCAGCAGGUCAUGGGAUGUGAUCCUUCCUAUCAGUCGCAGAGGAAGCUUCUUCCAAGACUCGUUUUUCUCUGACAUACACAAGGAUUUUGACUCCUCCGUCAGGGAGGUGUUGGCCAGAUGGAGUGACGAAGACCUGAAAGUGAAAGACUUCCGCCGGGAUGAUAUUAUGAACCGUUACAGACAGCUUCGAUCUCGUAACCUAAAUGAAGGGAACCAGGCUGUCACAGUCACAUCUGACAACACAAGUCAUAAGAUUGUGCUGGACGUGCAUGACUUCAUGUGUGGAGAUGUGAGAGUGAAAGUGUUGGACGAGGAAUUGUUAGUGGAAGGACACGUGGAGAAGGAGGAAGGAAGCUCAUCCGUCUCGUCACACUCCUUCAGACGAUACUUCUCUUUGCCUCAACACACAGACAUGACAACAAUAACGUCCGUCAUGUCUGCAGAUGGUAUCCUCACAGUCACUGCGCCAAAAAUAAAAACAGAAAUGACAAAGGAAAAUGCAAUCAAUCAAACUUCCGCUUCGAAUUAUCAUGAGAAAGUCGGCGAAACACGAAAACAAACAGACUCAGAACACUUGUCUUCUACACGAAAAGAAAGCUGUUUGUGUGAUCUUGGUUUCAAAAGAACAGCUGAUUCCUCUGGGUUUCACUACGGUUCGUGGGACACAUCCUUGCCCAUCACUCGAAGAGGAGGCUUCUUCCAGGACUCCUUCUUCUCCGGUACACAUCGCGACUUCGAUGCCUCCAUCAGGAAGGUCCUCAAUGGCUGGAAUGACGCCGAUCACCAGCUGGCGGACUUCUGGGACGAUGACGACUUCCACCGCAGCGACAGACUGGGCCGCUACAGGCAGCUUCGAUCGCGGAACCUGUGGAGUGACAACCAGGCCGUUACAGUUAUUUUAGAUAACAUUAGUUAUAAGCACUUGGAGAGGAAGGAAGACGGUUCGAAGUCCAGCAAGCGGUUCCUUCGUCGGUUCAUUGUUCCUGGAGACAUUGAGCUCGAGGCUGUCAUUUCAGUCAUGUCUUCUGACGGAGUGCUUAAAAUCUUAGCUCCGAAGAGGCUUGGCCACAACCGAAAACAUGUUUCGACUGACAUGGACGAUGGCGAUGCAAUGUUUUCAAGGAAAUUCACAAGUGGGCAUCGUCUCACCGAUAACCUUUUUGGGAAGAGAGAUUCAUCUUCGGAUGACGAGGAUUUUAGGACAUUUGCCAGGCAAAUCAAUGAUCGCUACCAAGUCGCUUUCCAAGACGACGAAGACUUUGAAGAUGGACAUUUGCUCAACAAGGAGACAAAGAUGAAAACUGACAAAGGGUUUAAAUAUGAGAUUCCAAGCUUUUCAACGGAAACCAGGGUUUUAUACGUGGACAGAAGGGGUGUAUUCACUGAAGACUAUUUCUUCGCGAAUGUUCGUGACAGCUUCAGCCAAGCAGUGAGAGAAGUGCUGGAAAAGACUAAUGAAUGGACCUGUCGAAGUGACGCCAUGCACAACUACAGACGUCUGCGUCAGCGCAACCUCAAGUUGGAAACUCAGGCUGCUGGCAUCAUUGACGAUCAAGACUCACACAAGAUUGUGAUGGACGUUUUUGAUUUCAUUAAGGGCGACGUGACAGUGCAGCUGGUGAAGGGCAAGGAACUGCUGGUCGAGGGUCAAGCAGAGAAGCAGGACGGAAGCAGAGUGUCCCGAGUGAGCUUCGAGCGUCGCUUUGCGUUGCCUGAGCUCGUCGACCGAGACGCCAUCAGCUGCGUGUUGUCCUCGGACGGAAUCCUGACAAUCAUCUCCAAGAAGAGAGCAUGCGAGUACAGGACUAGUGCAAGGGGACUUUCCAGUGAGAGGAAGUCCUACGGUGACAGGGCUGGCAGGUGGGAGGACAAGAAAGUGAAGGAGUCCCUCGCGGAUCUGGAAGGCCCCAGCUCUCGGAGCUUCAGCACUGGCUCUCGCUCCCGCUACCAUCGCUCCUAUACGAAACAAUAUUAGAGUAAAAGUCUUUAUAUAUAUUUAUAACUGCAUAUUUACAAAAAAAAAAAAAGUAAUUCUUGUGCUCAAUAAGUGAUUAUUUUUGUGAUAUAUACAUAUUAAUUUUACUGCUGAGGAGUGCCUUUAUAUGUGCAUUCUAUCCUACAUAUCUACAAGUUUACAUGUUUUGUAUUUUUAAAUCACAUUCCUUGCCAUAAAUACCGUCAUACUUUAUUUUGAAGAAAAAGUGUAUUUGUAUAUGCAAAUAAAAUUACUUACUA